AUGGGUCUUAGUGAAGACCACGAGAUUGUUUUCACUCCUGGCGACAUUGCUGCUCGUAAUAUUCUCAUUCGCGAGGGUAGAAUCGCCGCCAUCAUCGACUGGGAAUUUGCGGGAUGGUACCCUGCAUAUUGGGAAUACGUCUUUGCGCUACGGGGAUUGGAUAAUGUUGAUUGGAAUACUCUUGGAACCCAAGUGCCAUCUCUUUUUGAAGAGAAAUAUGAUCAGCAGUAUUUGGCAGUGAGGUUUAUACUGAGCCUUUCAUGA